AUGUGGCAAACUAGAGCUAUGAAGAAUUCUUUGUCUCAUCGAGCAUGUUGUGAAGUUCAUACAGAAUUCAAUAUUCAAUCAUACACGAAUCCAUCAUCAUCAAUCAUUAUAACACCAGCAGUUAAUGACGAAACAACACUUGAAAAGUCAACUGCUGAUUUUAUAUUGAUGAUAUUUCAAAAUGUGGUUCAAUAUAAUUUUACUUCAAUUGCAUUUCCAACCAUUGGCUAUGAGCAUUUUCCCGUUCCGAUUGAUGUUCUCAUUAGAACAUUAGUGAGAGAAAUGGCAAAUCAGCUCAUGAAAACAGACUUACCACUGACAGUUAAAUUCAUCACUCAACCCAAUCAAGCAAACAUCUACGAUGAGUUCUGCAAACAGAUAUUAACAUUACAGCAGAGUAUUGCAACAACUUUUAAUCCUGAAUUACCUUUAACAUGGGAGAAAUCGGCAGGCAAUCAAAAACUUUUUAUUGUACCUUCCACAUCCGACGAAUAUAAAUCUAUAGUGACUAGUAUUGCACUAGUAGCUGGUGUUUAUUUUUCAUCGAAUGCCGAUUAUAGUCAUGGAUAUACGAGACCGAACGCAAAUGGUGAACGAUGCAUGUUUCUCGCUCGUGUUCUCGUUGGAAGAACAACAGCUGGUAACUCGUCCAUGAAAACACCACCGCUCGGAUUCGAUUCGACAUCUGCAGGCCAUGCUUUUGUUAGUUAUCAUGAUGCACAAGCAUAUGCUGAAUAUCUCAUUACAUACAAAUAG